AUGGACCGCCUUUCGUACCCCGAGGUGCAAGUGGCUCUCCGUCUAGAGGUGGAGGAAUGCCUAUGGGAAUUGGAAGAGGAAGAGGAGACUCCCAGGGGCGUGGAAGAGGAGACUCUCAGGGGCGUGGAAGAGGAGACUCUCAAGGACGUGGAAGAGGAGGCUCUACUGACAGAGCUAGAGGUGGGCAAGGGCACCAACGGCCCUCCGGUGACACAAAUCUUGACCAACCAUUUCAACUACAAGAUCUCUGUAGACAAGCUCUGGGAGUACAAGAUCACCGGUAUCAGCGAGAAGAGGAAAGACAAGAUAAAACGCAUCUUCCUCAUGGCCAUUGAGCAGUGGCCAUUUCUGAAGGACCAUAAAGACUCUUUCGCUACCAACUACCUCGAUACAAUCGUCUCCUGGAAGAACCUUCAUGAACACAUCGUCUCAGAGCCGACAGAACACGCCGGCAAGCCUCUUACCCUAUGGGAAAAGGCCGUCGUUGAUGGGGAUCGAACUUUGGACCUGAGUAUCAGGCUCAACCGAGAGUACGACAUCAGUGAUUUCUCUGAAUAUGCAGCCUCGGAACCAAAUCGUGAAGGCGAAGAUUUUGAAAGUCUUGCGAGGUGCCUGAAUAUGGUUGUGUCAAAGUCGUUCAACAAGUCCGAAGUCCAUCAGCAAUCAGCAAACAAGUUUUUUGUCAAGAAUGCCCGGAAGAGUCUCAUUUUCAGCAAGAAUAGCUAUGGGGAUCCUGAUGUCCGAUCUCAUACGCUGGAACUCAUGCGAGGUUAUUUCUACAACGUCAAGCCUGGUAUGGGAAGCUUCAUCAUGAAUUUCAGUCUCGCAACGAGCGCUUUCUACCGACCGAUACUUGUUAGCGAGUUCUUGGCAGACACGAACACCUUCACAGAUGAAGCCAGGCGAAAAGAGGCCCUCAAAGGUCUUCGGGUUUAUGUCGAGACUGAGCGCAAGGAUAUCCCAGGAGAGGACCAUACGCGCCUGAACAGUGAGGAGGCACGUAUCAAGAGGGUGUUUGCACUUGGAGCUGACAUCGGCACGCUCACCUUUGCUAAAAGGGUUCGUGGAGAUGAUGGCAAGUUCAGGCGAGAUGAUAAUGGCAAUUUCGUGACAGAACCAACCAGAACUUCGGUCUCACGAUACCUCAACGAGACCUUCGAUCCAUUCUCACUAAAGACUGGUCAGCCGGCCGUCAAUGUCGGGACUAUGCGCGAUGAGAUUUGGUUUGCUCAAGAACAGCUUCGAAUUCUUCCAUACCAGAUCUAUAGUCGCCCUUUGCCCGAGUCACUUACUGGCUCUAUGGUCCAAGAGGCUGCAAAGACUCCUGCAGACGGAAGAGCGCAUAUCGAGAAGGAAGGGCUGGGUGCUCUCGGAUUCACUCCAGAGCAGACAAAGAAUGCCACCUCCACUAACUUCAGUUCGUUCUUCAAGACAGAGCCGGCAUUACUCAAGUAUCGCUUUGUGAUCGAGCGACGGUUCAAGGAGGCAAAUGCGGAGCUGUACCACGAUCAGUUCCAAAAAGAAUUGUUGAACAGGUGCAAUCUCAAGGCUAAUCAACUACAGGACCUAGGUGAUGACAUCAUCGAAAACAUCCUUGAUCGUGGUAGUGUGAGUGCGAAGAUCAGUCAGGCUAAAGCGGAAGGCGCCAAUCUUGUCGUAUUCCUACUCAACAAGUCGAGCACACCAUUCUAUGCCCAUCUCAAGGACCUGGCUGACCGGACCCAUGGGAUACAUUCUCUUUGCCUUGUCGAGCAAUAUAAGCUUAUCAAGCAAUACGGCGAGAGAGCGCACUUGUUCCAAGAGUACAUGACAAAUGUCGUCAUGAAGAUUAACUUGAAGAUGGGCGGCAUCACUCAGUCGGUGACAACAGUGAGCGACUAUCUGGCUAAAAACCGCGUCAUGGUACUGGGUGCGGAUGUAGUCCAUGCCGGACCAGGUGCUUACCCUGGAACACCAUCCAUCGCCGCUAUCGUCGGCUCUGUCGACUUUUCGGCUGGAAAGUGCCUGGGCUCAAUGCGCCUACAGAGAAUCGAUACAACGGACCGAGAGACAAUCGUGGAAGUUGAGGAUAUGGUCCGAGAACGACUUGAGGCCUGGGCUGCGGCGCGCAAAGCGGAGUCAACCGACCUUGGCAUUACAGAAGAGUUGCCACAGAGCAUCAUCUACUACCGUGAUGGCGUAGGGACGGGACAGUACGAAACGAUCAAGAAAAUAGAAGUUGCGGCAAUUCGCGCUGCCUACAACAAGCUGGCUACGCAGUAUGGACUGUCGACAGAUGUCAAAAUACAUGCUGUUGUGGUGGUCAAGCGACAUCACACCCGUUUCUAUCCCAUGAACGCGUCGGAAGGAGACAAGUUUGGCAAUGAGAACACACUUCCUGGUACCUUUGUCGACAGACUGGUCACGUCCCCGUACUACCAGGACUUCUACUUGCAGUCGCACAGCGGUAUCAAGGGAACCGUAAAGCCGACACACUACUUCGUUCUUGAGGCAGAAAUACCUGGUCUGACACUGGACAAGUUGCGAGAUCUGACUCACCAAAUCUGCUACUCAUACGCUCGAGCCCUCUGCGCCGUCUCGUACGCCUCACCCACGUUCUACGCUGACCGCCUAUGCGAUCGUGGGCGAACCUACAUCCGCAAGUAUUUCGUCAAAGAGGAUUCUCAGCUCCAGACUGCGUUAGACAACAUUGCAACCGUGCAGAACAACGCCAAUUCAGCGAAUCGUGACAUCAACUUCCGCAUCAGACCUGCAAUGAGUCUGGAUCAAAAAAAGCAGAUGGUGAAGGACAAGAAAGAGCAGGAGAAGAAAGAUGCAGACGCUGUUCAGAAAAGCCUCCGAGAUGAAGUCUAUCGACGUGUUGGUAACGACUUCUACAUGUUCGAGAAGGAGGGGUGGAUGAACCCGUGGAGUCGGGAUCUGGCGGACACGAUGUUCUGGAUGUGA